AAUACUUCGAAGAUACCAAUACGUAAAAAAUCACCAUGACGACUUGAAAACAAAAACAAAUAUUUCUAAAAUACACGACAGCAGAGACGCUGUUAAAGAGGCUGGAAGGAGGAAACACCACCGACUUUAUCCACCACUAGGACAGGAUGGCAGCAAGUCAAGAAGAACCAUCAGACAUUGACGAUAUCUUCUCCAACCAGGAGGAGCUGGAGAAGGCUCUGUGUGUGCUGGCUGGAAGCGACCCAGAGAACUGCUCUUAUUCUCGGGGCUAUGUGAAGAGACAGGCUGUGUUUGCCUGCAACACCUGCACCCCCACUGCUGCAGAGCCUGCAGGGCUUUGUCUGGCCUGUGCCAAUAAAUGCCACGAUGGACAUGACAUCUUUGAACUGUACACCAAAAGAAAUUUUUGCUGUGACUGCGGAAAUGGCAAGUUUGGGGAGUUCGAGUGCCAGUUAAUUCCUGCCAAAGAUGAGGAAAACAUUAGGAACCACUACAAUCACAACUUCAAGGGCUGCUACUGCACGUGCGACCGGCCGUACCCAGACACAGACAAUCAGGCCAACGACGAUGAGAUGAUUCAGUGUGUCAUCUGCGAGGACUGGUUUCAUAGCAGGCACCUGGGCUGCUCUACAGUGGAUCCUGAGGAGCUGCAAGAGAUGACAUGUGAGGCCUGCAUGAACAAGGUUCCCGUCUUGUGGACGUAUGCUGCUCACUUUGCAGCACCACCUGUGAUCAGCGUCAGUCAUCCUGAGGAGGAGGAGGAGGAGGAGGAAGAAGUCGACGUCGAGGACGGAGCAGAAAAGCGAAAAGCUUCUGAGCCCAGUCGAAGUGGGGCUGACGAUGAGCCGUCCACCAGUGCUGCUGAAAACACAAAGCAGGAGGAAGCUGCAAGCAGGAGCUCCCGUUGCAAACGCACCCACGAGAUGAUGACAGGCAACCCUGCAAAGGCCACGACCAAGACUGCUGUGUGCAGGCUGAAGGAGCUGCAGGCCAAGGGGCCGGAGAGGCCGAGACAGGGAGCCGUGUUCUGGCCUUACAGCUGGCGCUCCGAGCUCUGCACCUGCAUGAGCUGCAAGAGGGUCUACGUGGCUGCCGAGGUGCAGUUUCUUAUGGAUCAGUCGGACACCAUUCUGGCCUAUGAGAACAAAGGCUUGGAUGAGCCGUUUGGGCAGCACCCUCUGAUGGCACUGACGAGCUCGAUGGACCGCGUACAGCAGCUGGAGGUCAUUUACGGUUUCAACGAGCUGACGACUUCGAUGACAGCGUUUUUAGACCAGUGUGCUGCUGAAGGAAAGACGGUCACAGUCGAAGCUGUACAUCAGUUCUUUGAGGAGCUGCGGGCCAGAAAACGGCGAAGGACCAACGCAGGAUACCAGUAA